CAGUAUUCAGUGGAUCACAAUGGACAGAUCGUCUCUCAGAAGCCAUCUCAUCUUGGCCAGGGCACCACGGUGUGUGCGGCAAAUCUGUUCAAGAACCUCCCAGUUAGACGGCAGUAUUAUUCCAACACUAAAAAAAUGUAAAGACGAGCUUAAGAGGGGUCCAGAACUUACUCAUGGCUUAUGCUGUAAUAAAGCCUGAGUUACGAGUCACAUUGAGCCACAACAAGGCUGUGGUCUGGCAGAAGUCCAGGGUGUCGGAUCACCGAACUGCCCUCAUGGCCGUGCUCGGAGCAGCGUCCGUAGCCAACAUGCUCCCCGUCCAGCAUCACCAGGAGCAACCAGAGAUCGCCAUCGAUGGAUUCUUUCCCAAACCAGGCUCAGAUUUUAAUUCCACCAGCUCCUCUACGACUGAUAAGUCAUUCAUCUUUGUAAACAGUCGACCUGUGCAUCAUAAAGAGAUGCUUAAGCUUAUCAAGCAGUAUUACACCAGUGCUCAGUCUAACAGUGAAUCCGUAAGCCGCCGAUAUCCCAAUUUUAUGAUGAACAUCACCUUACCGGCCUCAACUGUGGAUGUUAACCUGACACCUGAUAAAACCGAAGUGAUGCUACAGAAUAAGGAUGAAGUUCUGUUGGCAGUGGAGACCAUGCUGAUCUCUUUGUACGGUUACUCUAAUGGCGAAGAGAAUCUCAAAACUGCAGGAAAUCCCCCUGAUGUUACUUCAUUAGAUGUGCCUGAACAAGCCACCCCAGAUAUUAGUUUAAAGCACCCAGAACUGCCCGAGGAUUCUUCCUCAAAUGCAGAUAAACAGGAAGUUGAGCUCUCCUUGAGCAACACAGCAAACACCAGCUCUUCUUCGAUUUCGGAGGAUUGGGUGAUCAACAGAAGCUCAAGUGAUUUGGAAAGUAUUAAUUGCUCAUUACCUGCUGACGACGUGGUAAUGAACUCUACAGCUGAUCUGAACUCCAACUCCCCAAAGGCAUCGAAGAGUGACAGUGGUCCAGAGAGCCACAUAUCUGCUGAGAACUGGAGUGCGGGCAGGGCCUUCUCCAAUCAAAUCACUGGGGAAUACCUAGAACCUGUCAAACUGCACAUCCCAAAGGCAAACGAAGACCUUGGAGGAACUGAGGCCAAGAGUGUGAAGUCUAGCCCAUCUAAAAGGCCGUCUAACGUGAUUGUGGAGAAAAUGGCCAAGCUAACAGCCUACGAGCUGAUCAGCAACCGCUCCGUACGUCAGCCCUCGUCUGCCUUUUCGCUGUUUGAGCAAGACACCAGAUCGCAGGUCCUCCAGGAGAACCCAAAAGCCAGUCCUCAGGAUGUCACAGCUGCUGCGAAAGAGAGAUGGGAAAGCCUCGGGGAGGAAGACCGCAAGAAGUAUGAAGGCAAGGCCGAAAAGUCUCUGAACGCCUACAACCUUCAAAGGAAGAGGGCAGCGGAGGGAGGCAUCCAGUGUGGAGAGGGCAAGAAGCAGAUGAGUGCCGAGUCUCCAUUGAACAAAGCUCAAGGCGUGAAGCGCAAAGCCCCCCUCGCCAACCAGCAGGCCCUGGACAAACUCUUCUCCUCUCAGCCCUCCAGUAAAAGGAGCCCUGCCAAAAUCUCCAAACCCCUCCCGUUCACUAUCGCAACCCUCAAGCAGAGUCUUAACCUCCUCUCCGAGCAGAGCAGCUCAAGUGUGCAGGGCCUCAGGCUUGUAAACCGCUUGGCUUCUCACGGUGCCUGGGUCGUUUUAUGCGGCAGAAAGCUCAUGUUGUUGAACCCGUUUCGAGUGGAGGAGGCCUUGCUGUUUAAAAGACUUCUGGAGGAUAAUAUACUUCCAACCGUGAGGCUGCAGACCCCCAUACUGCUGACAGAUGGGGAGCUCGGUGGGCCAAAGUACAUGGAUAUCCUUCUGAACAUGAAGAAAGACGGUCCUUGCUUUAAUGGAGACAUCAGCUUUACUGAUCCUAGGCUUGUGGCAAACGGUUUUGAGAUUAGGAUGAUUUCAGGUCCGCAGUCUUCAGAGAGACAUGUUGAGGUGAUGGGCAUGGCCGACUGCAUGCCGUUCUUCGGGAUAGGAGACCUGAGGGAGAUUCUGCAGGCUAUAAAGGCCCGCGGUGCAAAAACCGUGGCGCAAUGUAGACCUCGCAAAGUCUCACACUACCUCGAGAGCGAGGCGGUGAGACUAGCAAGACAGUUACCUCUCAGCCUCUCCAGAGCCGAUGUUACAAACACACUUUGCCGAAUGCAACAGGAACUUCAAGAGGAAAGUCAGGUCUGCAUUCACAGGCGGCCAUUUUUUCACAAUCUGGUGACCCUUCCUGAAACCGAGCAGGAGGCUCUGCAGAUCAUGUCCGGUUCUCGGUAAAAAGGACUUCUAUACAAGGACCGCCAUUUCAUACACUAAUAUUAAUUGAUCAAUAUCCAGGCCAUUUGAAAUAAUAAAUGUUUUUCUAGAUGUAUUACUGUUAAAAAUCAGUGAGUGUUAAUCCCCAUACACUCCAGUCCAAUAUUGCGGUAUUAUUUUUCAUAUUGUAUAGAAAUAAAACAGCAGGUGUUAGUAAUUAUAAUUCAUUAUAUAGCUGCUUAAGUACACUUUUGACAGCCUCUUUACUUUUUAUGAAUGAUUUUAUGAGGGCAAAGCUAUGAUUUGAGUAUAUAUAUUAUUGCACAUUUGAGUUUUGAAAUGUAAACCACUUUUCUGUGUUUUUUCUGCUGUAAUUUAUUGUGGGAUAAUUGUUUUGGCAUUACUGCUAAGGAAAGAAAGGUUAAGCGUCCAACUUUAAAAGCGUGCCUUGUUGACUUCUGAUUAGAAAAGAAAACAAGCCAGAACUCCUGACCCCACAGCAGAUGCCGGUGAACCACAAAAUUGAAUGCAGUGUGGUUGUAAAUUCACUCUCCCCCAAAAAUCAGCACCUUAAAUGCUGAUCAUGAAAGCUGGCUCUAGGGGCCCAUAAAGCCCAGAAGAGAUGGGCUCUGGGGUUUGCCCAAAAGUGUGCAGUCGCAGUCAGGGACCUCCAAUUACCAGCUGAAAAUAAGCCUCAGAUGCUGUGAAGUUUUAACAGUUGCUCCCCUGUAGCCAUAUGGUUUGUGGUUUUCUAGUGUUUGAUCAGUUCCACGAACUGCAUUUUAACCAUUUUUGGGGGGGGUUCUUCAUCGAGGACAUGAGGGUACCAAUUGAAAUUAUAAUGCAUUAUUUUUACAUGGAAAGCUUCUCUGGUUUAUUUCUUAAAAAUAUAAACGCUGAAAUGCUGCUUUAUAGCAACAAUUGAGGUGUAGUUCAAAUUGAAAACAUCCCUAAAACUCCACAUGCACUACCUAACAAAAGUCCUGUCAUCGAUCCCAGUUGUAAGAGCAGCAAAUAAUAACUUGACUUCAAGUUGAUAACUUGGAAAAGUGUCAAAAGGUAGAUUUUUCAGAUGAAUCAUCUGUUGAACUCCAUCGCAACCAUCACAAAUACUGCGGAAGACCUGGAACCCAAAUGGACCUAAGAUUCUCAAAGAAAUCAGUCAAGUUUGGCGUCAUCAUGGUUUGGGGUUACAUUCAGUAUGGGAGAGUGCAAGAAACCGGCAGAGUGGAUGGCAACAUCGACAUCCUGAGGUAUCGAGAUAUUUGUGCUGCCCAUUACAUUACAAACCACAGGAGAGGGCAAAUUCUUCAGCAGAAUAGCGCUCCUUCUCAUACUUCACCCUCCACAUUAAAGUUCCUGAAAGCAAAGAAGGUCAAGGUGCUCCGGGAUUGGCCAGCCCAGUCACCAGACAUAAACAUUAUCGAGCAUGUCUUGGGUAAGAUGGAGGAGGAGGCAUUGAAAAUGAAUGUAAAGAAUUCUGAUGAACUGCAACAACGCUUUCUUUGUCAUUCCAAAUGACUUUAGUGAAGUUAUUUGAGUCAUUGCAGAGAUGUAUGGAUGCAGUCCUCCAAGCUCAUCGGAGUCAUACACAAUAUUAAUUCUUUCAUUGCAGCAUGACUUUAUAUUCUAUACUGUACAUUAUUUCUGUUCAGUGACAAGACUUUUGUCUAAGCAAAGUCAGACCUUACUGUCCUAAUUAAAUAAUUAAAAAUCAAGGCAUGAUUAUAUUUUAUUUUGAUAAAAUAAGCGUAAUCUAGAGGCCUUUACCUUUCAUUUAAGCCACUUCUGAUACCAAAUGAUCAACUAGAAAUCAAGUUAUUAUUUGUUGUUCUUAAGACUUCCUAAAAGUCAACAAAACUUUUGUCAGGUAGUGCACGCAUAUAAUACUGCUAUAUACUUUUUUAUGAUAUUGCUGUAAGUAUACAGUGGUGUGAAAAAGUGUUUGCCCCCCUUACUGAUGUUUGUUACACUUAUGUUUCAGAUCAUCAAAACAUUUGAAUACGAGUCAAA